GCCGAUCACCCUCGGACUUGCUCUUCCACGAGCCAUACCGUUUUUUUUCUUUUUUUUUGUGGAACAUCCUUGCAAUUCUCCUUACGAUGCACGCCCACUCCUCGAACUAUGGAAGCUGUCUUGCGUCGUCGGAUCAGCUGCGCUCAGGUCUUGCGCACCGCCCUUAGGCUGACUCGUGUCAUCCACAUUGCAGCCUCGCUGCAAGAGACCUACGACCGAGCUCCAUCCUCUGGCUAUUAAUGACCUGGAAUCAAAUGCCUCCGUCUAUCAUCUGGAACGUGGGCGCUUAGGUACACCCUCGAUUGGUCAGGGCUCAGGAGAGCGGGCCACCGGAACAUGAUCUUCCAGCAGGCCACGGCGAGGGUGCCUUUCUUCCCCCCUACAUAUUCCAGCAUAAAGGCCGGCUUGCCAGUCUCGAUAUCAGACGCUGAACCUUUGUCCUCCUUUUUCUUUCACUUUACUCUGUUUAUUCCUUUCAUCGUUCGCUACGCCCAUCAACCGCCAUGUCUGCUAUCAUGAGCGCAUUCAAGGUCAAGACGGCCGACCUUGAGCCAAUCUUUGCGUCUUGGACGGACGCUCCCGUGUUCAAGGGCAAUUCGAAGAAGGACCUGCCUGUCGAGACCUGGCUGGACCAGAUCAAAGAGGGUUGCGUCGCACGGAAGCUCCCCGAGGAGUGCUGGCACAAGGUCGCUCAGCAUUACAUGGGCAGCUACGCCAGAACUCGCUUGGAGGAGUUCAAGAAAGUGCUAUAUACUAUGCACGGUGGUAAAUACCGCUGGACGUGGAAGAAGUUCUGCACCGCGAUGACCAACAUGGGUUGGAAUAUUGACUCGAAGGAAGUGGCCUCAGUCAAAGUCCAGAAACUUUCCUCGGGCUCAUGGUGGAUCGUUGGAAAGAAGGAGGAGGCGCCAAUGCCGCUGGUACCCGUCGCCAAGAGCGCCUCCAAGGCCUCGACGGCGUCCAAAUCGUCCAUAACGUCCAAGAAGGACCCCUCUACAUCAAAGACGGAGAGUAAGGAGUCUCCUUCCAAGCAUAAGUCCGAGGAUAGCAAGAGUAAGAGAAAACACGACUCUUCGACCUCCUCUCCCCCGCCCCGUAAGACACCCAUUCGAGCUAUGUCCGAUUCCAUCAUGGCGUUCGUCGAGCACGCGCCUCCGGUACCGCCUAAACCCCAACCCCAUCGAGCAAACAGCGAUCCUAUCGAAACGACCGUUGCAAACGCGCCUGUAUGGCUCCUGAACGCGUGUAAAGCGCUCGACUUCCUCACCUCCGAACACCCGAAGACCAUGACCGCUAUCAGCGCGAUAUUAAUCACCGCAGGGUCCUUGCCGGCGAUGCCCGCGAUAGCAGGUGGUGCCGGGGGAGCGAUUCUCGCUAGCCAUGCCGCUCAGGCCAUCGGCGCCGUCGCGGUCGGCCUCGGUACUUGGCUGAAGGCUUCGCAGGAAGGCACAUUGCUCGCCGAGCCCGCGAAGAGCAAGUCAUGA